UACUCAUACAUCUAUAUAGCUGCACACGCAGAGAGAGAGAAAAAGAGAGGAGAAGGAGGAAUUUCUGCUCUCUCACUCACUAGCUCGUACACUCAGUCAGUCAGUGCUCUCUCGUUUAGUAGUGUGCUAGUGCGUAUACGUAUUAUACGUAAAAAAGUGUGCUCGCGAGUGUGUGUGUUUCAUACGUGCUGUUGUAUAUAAUAUUUGUAAUAAUAUUUAUACACUCGAGAGAAGGCUGAAUUUGUAAUAAUCAGUGCGAGUUCGGUAAUGAGAUAAAGAAGUCGAGGCAGGAAAUAGCUUUUUCUGGUUCUUCUUUUUUCUCGUCCGAGGCUUGACGUGAGGUGUCGUAAUAUCAUCAUACAUAUAAAUACACACGUCGUAAGGAAGAAGAAAAAUUCAUCGCAGUGCAUCGCUUGUUAUAAUCGACGAGUUGCAUUGUGAAAUCUCGAAAGAGAGAAAGAGAGACGUCGGCGCGCACAAUCGAUUUAUUCGGAGUGAAAAAAAACACACCGAGUCUCCGUAACAGAAGCAGAAGAAGAAGAGGAGUAUACUCGACGCAUUAUAUAUUUUCGAUACAAAAGUGGCAGUAACCAGCGCUAAAAUGUCUGUGCGGAUGGAGAAUGUUGCCGCUCCGAGAAAACUCAAUUACAAAAUGAUGGGCCCUAACGGACCGCGACCCACGUACGCGGGCGCCAACGGUGGCAGCACGGCCGGCAGCGGAGGCGGCGGUGGCGGAGGAGCCGGUGGUGGCACCGGAGGCGGCGGCGGAGUCGGCGGAGUGGGUCCGGCCGCGGGCGGCGGAGCCCAGACCGGCGGCGGCCACGGAGGCGGCGGCCUCAAGAGCAACGCUACCGGAGGCCCCCGAGGCGGCGGCGGUGGCGGCGGCGGCAGCGGCGGCAAUCCCACGCAGUACAGAGCAGGAGGCGGCGGCGCUGCCGCGACCACGGCCAGCUGGGGCGCGGCGGCACCGGGUCACGCGGCCGUAGCAGCAGCCGCAGUCACUGGGGCGGCCGCAGCCGGCUAUCCGCCUUACGCGCGGUAUCCGGCUGCCGCCGCGGCGGCGGCUGCUCAGCUGCCGGUUAACCCUCAACAAAUGCCACCCAACGCGAAUCCUUACAGUGCCACUACUUACGCUCAGCACGCGUCGUACGGAGGACAGCGAGUUCCUACCGCCUCGUCUCCGGCGAACACAAACAGUAGUUCCAGCAGUGCCACAGGUAGUCAAAGCGGCACCAUGAGUACGAACCUUAGCAAUAAUAUACAAGGCCAGGUGUCUGAACAGUUGUCGAAAACCAACCUCUACAUCCGCGGCCUCAACCAAAAUACAACCGACAAGGAUCUUGUGCAGAUGUGCUCUCAGUAUGGAACCAUUACUUCCACCAAGGCGAUUUUGGACAAAAACACUAAUAAAUGUAAAGGUUACGGAUUCGUAGACUUUGAGUCACCGGUCGCGGCAGAGGGUGCCGUCAAAGCCCUGGUCGCCAAGGGUAUCCAAGCGCAGAUGGCGAAAGUGGGUAUCUGGUUGAUCCGUAGACUGGCCAGUGUACGUUGGUUGUGCAUGCAACAACAAGAACAGGACCCGACUAACUUGUACAUCGCAAAUCUACCGCUAAACUACAAAGAAAACGACGUCGAAUCUUUACUAGCCCAAUAUGGUCAAGUUAUCUCCACACGCAUCCUUCGUGAUACGUCCGGACAAAGUAAAGGCGUCGGAUUCGCAAGAAUGGAAUCCAAAGAAAAGUGCGAACACAUCAUACAAAUAUUUAACGGCAAAUCGUUGCAUGGAGCAAAGGACCCCUUACUAGUGAAAUUCGCCGAUGGUGGCAACAAAAAAAAGUCUCUGUACAAGAGCACAAUAUGGAGGGAUAAUGGUGACGUGAGUAAUUCGGCAUUUCCACGAUUUAUUUUGCAGCAAAAUAUGGCACUUAAUUACGAGACAAGCGCAGUGGGACAGAACGGCGUGGCGACGGCCCACAUGCUGCCGGCAGCUACCCUCGCCCAAUAUGGACGUCACGCUUACAGCCAAGCCAUGCCGAGCUACAACGUUCCAGGCACACCCUGGGUCACACCUUAUCUCGUCCAGACACCACCGCACAUGCAACAGGUCGACAUCAUGCCGUCAGCGGACCCAAGCAAUCCGCAAUACAGUAUGAUUCCUCAAUUAACCACUCAGAUGUCCACAUUGCAUCUUGGCACCGGUUCCUACAUUAGCCCGCAUGCGUAUCCGACCUACACAACCUACCCAACACCGAGUAUCAUUCAUGCACCCAUGGCCCUUGGAGAUUCAGAGCAGACGAGCAAUGCAGCGUCACCGGACGACUCCUAUCAACAAUACCAGGCUCAACAGCCCAAGUAGGCUACACUACAAGAUUGUUAGGUACAACUACGCGGAGGGUUACACGAGUUAGGCGAGAGGUGCGUUUGUCAGAACAUGAAGUUACAUUUAAAGAAAAAAUGACAGAAAAAUCCAACAAAAAAAAUUAUGAAAAAAUUUGAAGAUUAACUGGGAGAGAUUACAUUGCGUAAAGUCAAAUAAGAUUCUUCCUCACGAUAAAAAUGACUUGCCAGCCGUCUUUUAUACGUUUUAUCAAGCAAGAUGAAAUAAGUGAAAGUAGCUACUAUUUUGCAACGAGUAGAUAAUGAUUGAAUGUUGAAUUUAAGAAAAAAAAUAAAUAAAAGAGAAAAAGAGCGAGCAGGAACAGAGCGAUACUCGCGGUGUUGAUUUAUGUAUGACUUGCAAAAAACACAUGAAAAAGAAAAAGAGAAAACACAGAAAAUUAAUUUAAAAAAAAAAAAGAUUAAGUUUAAGGACAUAAAAGCAACACGACGGCUCCACAAUGCGCCAACGCAUCGCAUUGUUGAUAAUAUGAACGACAACCGACAUAGGCAAUGGGGCAGUCAUAGGCAUCAAGCUGAUAGGCUUCCAGGAUAACUUUAGGUAUUACAUUAACUAUGAAGACGUAAAUAAGUCGAUGGAGCUAAGCGCUUGAAAGAAAGAGAGAGAGAGAGAAAGAGAGAGAAAGAGAAAAUGUGAAUAAAUAUUUUAACUAACUGGAAACUAUUUAAAAACGCUGCUUAGAAUUAUACAAAGAAAAAAUGAAAAAUCUUCCCAAGUUUCUUGUUUCGAGAAAAAUCAAAUUUUAGAUCAGCUUACGAGGCUUACUUUAUGUACAAAGCUCUAAGGAUUUUUCGAAUUUUUUUUCUAUUCUACUGAUAAUACUUGCCUUAUAGUGCGAUUUUUACCAUUUUAUAUUGUUCAUUAGCGUCUUCAUGUAAUGCGAAUUGAAAUGCAGUGCCUUUUUGACCUGUCGAUCGUGUAUUUUUGUAUCAAUGUGACUGUAAGAUAAAUGACUUUGACUUGAAGUUAUCAUUUAUUAUUUGAUUUACGUGUCGAUCUGCCAAUGAUCAACUUUGUUUUGUUAAAAAAAUUAUUUUUAUUUUUAAUUAGUUUUUAAUUGUGCGUGUAUGAAUCAUUUUAAUGGUUUGGUAUCGUUUUAUAGUGAUUUUAUUGUAUCAUUUAAGUGUACAUUUUUUAUGUACACGUUAUUGUACGUUUUUAUUUGUUUUUAUAAAUUAUAAUCAUUAUACAUGAGGUCAAUUUGUAGGACUGUUUAGUAUAAACUUUCCAGAUCAAUGAGACGCCAGUGAACAGUUUUAAAUACACAUUGAGAUUGAUAUAUUUCAGACGUAACUUUUCUACCGUAAAAACUUUUGAAAGAUUAUAUGAGAGCAAGUGUGUUAAAAUGAAUCUUAGCGUCGGUCAAAAUUGGAUUUUUCAUGAAACUUGAAGAAGGUCAGGGCAUAAGCCACUAAAAGUGCCCUUAGUUUAUUUUGGAUCGUUUGAAAAAGCUAGUCUUUGUGCGAGAUAAUGUGGAGGUUUAGGUAGGAUCUUCUAAAAAAAUAAAGAAACGAAUAAACGGGAAAAAAUAAAAUCGAAGAAGCGUUUGAAAAGAAGAAAAUAAAGUGUAUUUGAAAGAUAACAUGCCUAUUUACAUAGUACAGAAUGCAGUCACAUUGUUGAACAUUGUAAAAGAGUAACGUGAGUUUUUAAACUAUAGUUGCACAUUUAUGCUGCGAGUUCAUUUUGUUUCGAAGCAUGUAGUGAUGCGUUCAAUUUUCUUUAUUCAGAACGCAUCACUAUUCGAUACGAUCAGAGUGGCGCAGAGAAUCAAAUUUUUUAUUAUUGAUCAUCGUUUUCUGUUGUUUUUCUAACGAGAAAAAUGAAUGACCCUUUUUUUUAAAGAAGAUUCGCAUAAAUUACCAGAAUUUCAAUCAUCACCUUCAUCUGCAACUCGAGUGAAGGAAUGCAGACUCAAAGUGGAAAUAAUGAGACUAACUUCAGUCACUCGCAGAGUAUCCAUUGAAGCAGAAUAAUUGCGGAAAAACUCUGCGUACAUUAAGGAUACUGCGAAGUAACAUAUUUUUAAAGAAAAUUAGCAGAUUUUUUAUAUUUUUAUGCGAGUUUUUAGAGUUGACUAUAAGUAGAAUUAAACUUAUUAUUGUAAUGAAUUAUAAUGAUUAUUCUAUUUUAGAGAAAUUAAAAAAGAGUUUAAGAAAUACUUAUGAAAUCCCAGAAAAAAUAAAAUUCGUUGUAAUCAUUGUGUAAAGCAAGAAAAUACUUGUAUAUUAAAUUUUUGAAUUCGCCAACAUGAAUUUUAUAUGAUUUUACGAAAAUAAAUAAUACGGUAUCCUUAAUGAAGUACAAUUAAUUUUUGUUUGAAAUAAAAAAAUGAUAAAAUAUGUACAAGCACGCCUUGUCCAGAGGUAUGCUUCCGUUGAAGAUAAUUGAAUCCUAGAUAAAAAUAAAUUACUAAUUUAGUUAAAUCAAAUUGAAAAAAUGUUGAGAAAAAUUAUUGUAAAUUGUUGAAGCAAAUUGAAAUGCUGCAGAAAAUAAAUAUUAUCAAACCUUCGACCGAAGCAUAUGCAUGAGACGGGGCGGUCUGGAAACAGUUCAGUAUUAAAUAAGAAACGUCCCGCAUGAUGAAAAAAUUAGACGUCACACAUUCCCCCACAUUAUCCUGAAGCAGCGCGAUGCAUUUACGGUAUCCAACUCAAGUAAUGAUUUAGCAUAGAGGAAAAAACAAGACUGGGAAGUAGCGUGUUAAGUGCGAGUCAGUAGGCAAACCAUUUGAAAUUUGAGGAUUUUCUUAGCGCCCUUAGAGUGUAAAAUGUGAUAUUUUUCACGAGAAAGAGCGAAAAUAAAUAGAGCGUGAAAGAGUGCGUGAGAAUGAAAAAAAAUUCGAAUGUCCGUGAAGCCGAAGUUGAAGAUGAGCUCAUUUGAGGUUUUAUGGAGAAAGUGUGUUCGAGUGUGAAAGAUGAUUUGAGCGAGUGAAACAGGAAAAAAAAUUAACGAAAAAUCAUUGUGGUCGUCGAUGAGAAUUCAGACAUGAGCAGAUUUUUUUCUCAAGAGAAAAAAGCUUUGGCGUUGUAUCGUUUAGUCUGUUCAUCAAUAUAAAAAAAAUCGAUAAAAUGAAAAUAAAAAUAAAAAAGUGCUGCUGUUAUAGCGCUGUAGAGCAAAGAAAAAAAUGGAAGAAUAAAAAAAUCGGCACGGUGCAAUGGAAUUCAUCGGAUGGUUUAUUAUAGAAAUAAAGACGAUACUUUUGUGUCAAAGCUAUUUCAAAAAACCUUUCAAUCAAUUUUUUUUAACUCUUCAACGCUUGUAAAAUGUUAAUUCUGUAAAUAUUACGAAUUACAAGUGAGAAACGAAACGAUGUGUUACUAUACGUAAAAUUUCUUUGCUUAAAAAAAGAUAAAUUCAUAAAUAGUAGAAUUCUCUUUUGUUGGCUAUUAUAGUAUAACUGCUUUUAAUUGCUUUAUUUUACAAACAUUCAUUUCAAAAUGAAUGUAUGAGAUUUUGGCUUUCAAAUUUCCUGACACCCACUCCAAUUUUAAGUUCUUCUUGUUGAAUCAUUGAGCGACAAUGCGGGAACAAUAGUUGUGUUUACCACUCCUUUGUUUAUUUGUACAUUGUAGAAUAAAUGGAUGAUGUGACUUGAUACGAAAUGAUCCUUGUAUAAUUCACAGUUUUUAUGUUAAAUGAUUGAUGACUAAAGAUUUUGCGCUGGUAUUUUUUUGAUAUUAAUAAAAAUAAACAACAGUAAGUAAAA